GGCAUGGCGGCCUCGGGGUACCUGAACCUGGCGGCCGACGCCGCCCACAACUUCACGGACGGGCUGGCCCUGGGGGCGGCGUUUUGGGGGGGCCCCGGGCGGGGGGUCCUGACGGCGCUGACGGUGCUGCUGCACGAGCUGCCCCACGAGCUGGGGGACAUGGCCCUGCUGCUCAGGGCGGGCUGCACCAAGGCUCAGGCCAUGAAACUCCAACUGGUGACGGCGGUGGCGGCCCUGGCGGGCGCCUCGUGCUCCCUGCUGGCCGAAGGCUCCUCCUCCUCCUCCUCUGGAACGGGAAUUUCCUCGGGAAUUUCCUCGGGAAUUCUGCCCUUCACGGCGGGGGGUUUCAUCUACCUGGGCACGGUGUCGGUGAUCCCGGAGAUCCUCCGGAAUUCCGGGCCCGGCCCGGCCCUCCGGCAGCUCCUGGCGCUGCUGGCCGGGCUGGCCAUGAUGCUGCUGAUUGCUCUCUGGGAGUAG